CAUAUUUGAGUUCAACAAGAUCUCUACUUGUCCAAAACACUUUUGAGUUACAUAGGACUCGUUGCCACCAUGCGUCGUCUUCCCUACCUUUAGAGAACAAGGAAAGAGAGAUCAUACGCAGAGCAAACACCUGGUGGGAAGGUUAUUAAGAAAGAUCGGUGGGAUUCCUUGUUCCCAAAUUUUAUGGAAAACCAAAUUCAGAAUCGGAACCAUCCAGCAGCACAAGGGGAGUGCAGGGCUCUGCAAAUGUAAUUGUAAAGUGGUAUUUUUAGGGAUGGAAGAGGAAAACGGUGUUGCAGUAAUGGAGAAGGAAAAGGAGAAGAGGGCUCUGGUGGUGGGGCAUUACUGCCACGAUGUGCUUAAAUUGGGAUCUGGAGGGGAGGUUGAAUCCUUGGGGGGCUCUGUUUCGUACAUUACCAACAUUUUGGACGCUUGCCGCCUCCCUUCCACCGUUGUCUCCAAAGUUGGAUCAGAUUUCGCCUACGCCGCUGCCACAGCCGCUCAUCCGCCCUCUGCAAUUCUCGCCGGCGCUAGAACCACACAAUUUCACGCCGAUUUCAGCCGCGGUCUCAAGGAGCGCCUGCUUCGAGUGAGCAAUGCGUGCGAGCCGAUUUUUCCCUCUGACAUCCCUCCCGUGGACGAAAAUAACAAGUUUUUGAUUGCCCUGGCGGUGGGAGUCGCAGGAGAGAUUGUGCCAGAGACACUGAAGCGGAUGGUGGAGGUGGCAGAAGUGGUGGUGGCGGACAUUCAAGCUUUAAUACGGAGCAUUGAUGCGAGCGAUGGCACGGUUGGGCUGCGCAACCUGUGCGAGACGGAGUUUUAUGAGGUUUUGGAGGAAAGGAAGAUCACUUACCUCAAGGCCUCCACGGUGGAGGCGGCGUAUGUGGAUAUCGAGCGAGUGCGCCGCAAUACUUGCCUCAUUGUCACCAAUGGUCCAGCCGGCUGCACGCUCUAUCUCCGGGAUCGUCAUUUUCAUGUCCCCGCUUUUCCUGCUCACGAACUCGAUCCCACCGGCGCCGGCGACAGUUUUAUCGCUGGCUUUUCUGCCGGCUUUAUGCAAGGGUUACCCCUUCAUUACGCUGCCCUCAUGGGCAAUUACUUUGGAUCACUGGCGGUUGCUCAGAUUGGCGUUCCUCGUUUCACUAACCAUCACUUACAGAGGUUGCAUGACAUUUUAGACAGGAGGACUAAAAACAGCAUUUAUAGCUUCAUAGAAACAGAUUGUGUCCACAAUUCUACUUUGUCAGAUUCAUCUGCUUUUACUCUGAUACCUAAAGUGGAAGAUCAGCUUUUAGAACAAGAGUUGGAAGAGAAAAUAAAAAACAGCAUCUGUGUUCCUGCAGAAAUAGAUUGUGUGGAGCUUCUGAAGUCAUCUCAAAUGGAAGAGGUUGAUGAUUUUCAGACUGACUUGGUCAGAGUGGAAGAUAAAAAUGUAGGAGAAGAUUUAGACAGGAGAACCAAAGAUAUCAGUUGUAUUCGUUCACAAAUACAUCCGGUGGAGUUUUCCAACUCAACUCAAGGGGAAGAGCGCGGGGAUUUUCUUAAUGCUAACACAGUUCAUCCAAUAAAUGCUAUUAAGAAAUUUUCUGAAUAAUCCUCAUUUUGAGCGCAAGUUCACUGAUUUAAUUUUUCCAUGUGCCCUCAGAUGUAUAUAAUUGUUUUUGAAUUGUGCAUCCUAUUGGGAUGCACAAUGGAAUCUGUGCUGAGCUUGCGAUGUUAUUGCAGUAAUUUGAAAUGAAAAAUAGCACAAAAGCCUUGAGACUGAAGAUUGCAGCAAAUAUGCAAUCUGUCUCUUAUCACACAUGGAAUGAAUGCUUAUAAAUCUACAUACCUUGAAUUGACUGCGGCACAAGCUGCAUUUGAAUAAAAAUAACAAAAUUACAACUUAA